AUUUCAAGGUCACCGUCAGCACAUCUGGCAGCACAACUCCUUCAAUUGAGGAGAGUUGAAGGCCACCGUCACUACAUCUAGCAGCACAAGCACAACUACAAUCUGAGUCAGAUCUUUUACCGGUUUAGCUGGACCUUAUGGUGGAUGAAGCAGCAAUACAUCAGGUGUCCCCGUUGUUGGCGCCAAUGUCCGAGGAGGAAGCUCGGCGCUGCUUCUUUGAUUUCAUGACCAAGGUUACGCAAUAUGAGGAGCUAGUUGAUGCCGAAAAAAUGUUUCUUGUAAAGUUCCGUCAGGAAUUAGAGCAUUUUCGAAGACCAAUGAUUCCCAUGGAAUCGGAUGCUGUCAGUCAGUUAGUCAAAUCUAACUACACUGAUCGACUGAGGUCCUAUCUUGAAGCAGGCUGCCACCUUCAGCACCAAAGUAUCCGGAAUAUUAACCAGUUACAAUCUUGCGAGGAAAAACUUGAGGACCAUAUAAAUAAAGCUAAAGUUUUGAUUGAAGAACUUGAAUGCCUGGCCGAGGAUGUUUAUAGCACUACGCUAACAGCCAGCCUUAGUAUCUUAGAAGCUUCAGAUUGCUUUGAUGAUGAUGAUAACCUGCCAGCAGAUUCUUGUGAGGAUGAAGGGCAGUCUGUGGAUCCGCUGGACAGCGCAGUAUCUUACUCGAGCGUUAUGAUUCUGGUUCACAAUAUGUUAAAGUUGGAUUAUUUGAUGCAGGAGAAGAUAGUCAAGGCACUGUGCCUUAAAACACCAUCGUCGGAGCUAGAUGGCUAUUGUCUAAUGUGGGACUUGCGGCCGUACAUUGAUGACAAUGUGAUGCAGCUUGCCUGGAAAUUCAUUUCGUAGAAGCGGAGCGGACCACGCCUGACGGUAAACUAGUGCCUGAUGGACAAUGAUUCUGCUGCAAGCAUUGUUAUGUGGGGCUAGAAAGGGCCCCGCCUAAACUUAAAGGGAUAUGUAUCCCCUAUUUACCCUUAGCAGUUUAGAUCUUUUAGAGAUAUUUCUUGGUUCCCAAGUUGGUUAUUUCCUAAUGUUUGUUAGUUCGGUUUGGCCUCCAAGUUUGUAAGUCAACACCCCAAGCUAAGUCAAAUAUUGAAAUAGGCGGGAAAAAAA